AUGCUAAACUACACGGCAAUAGACUACACUAUAAACAACACUACACUGCACUGCACUACACCAUACCACACAACACUACACUGCACUGCACUGCACUACACUACACUACACUACACUACACUACACUACACUACACUACACUACACUACACUACACUACACUACACUACACUACACUACACUACACUACACUACACUACACUACACUACACCACACUGCACUACAUCACACCACACCGCACUACACUAUACUACACUACACUGUACUACACUAUACUGUACUAUACUACACUAUAUUAGACUGCACUACACUAUACUACACUAUAUUAGACUGCACUAUACUACACUAUAUUACACUGCACUACACUAUACUACACUAUAUUAG